GUGUUCUGACCAUGAAGAUCUAAACACCGAAAGCUUGUUGUCUAGACAUUUAUUCCAAGGUAGGCUCAGACCACGACGUUGUUCAUGACAAAGAAACUAUCUGCUUGUUGACAUCAACGUAUUUGGUUCCAUGUUUGUAGUGUAGAUUCUAAGUACCAGGUAUACUAGUGCACUAAGCUUGGUUAUUUUAGUUGGUUGAAGUUGCAAUAUUGCAUACGGUUGAAGCUAAUUGUAAUUUUCAGUCCACAGAAACAUGUCUGUAAUAAUACUGUUAUUGACCAUCCUACUGUUCAGCAUGACAUUUAGUGACUCUGUCAUGGUGAACAAAGUAAGCAGAGAUAAAUUUCUAGAACUUCACAACGCUGAACGUAGAAGAGUUGGAACUCAGCCAUUGGUCUGGAAUACCACCUUAGCCAGGUCUUCUGCGGCCUACGCUGCCAAAUGUAUCUGGGAGCACAGUAAAGGCAAAUAUGGAGAAAACUUGUAUCGCUCUCGGCCACGUCAAAACGAUACUGUAAAGCUUGCUGAGAACUCUGUGAAAAGCUGGCUGAAGGAGAAGCCAGGAAAAUUGGGUCCCGACUGGCCUUGUUUGAAGGACUUACAAUGUGGCCACUACACUCAGAUUGUUUGGAACACCACCAAAACGGUGGGCUGCGCUGUUGCUUACUGCAGAGGUACCAACCCUAAUCUGGUUGUGUGUCAAUACUUCCCAGCUGGAAAUAUAAUCGGAAGAAAGCCAUUUUAACAAUAGACACAGAAGAAAGCAGAGGCGAUGGACAGCAUUGGAUGGAGAAAAAAAUAGCAUACUUUUGGUCGUCACUUAAAAUGUUUAUCCAAAUACAAAAUCGAAAUAUUGCA